CCAUGUCGAAGGGCAACAAGACCAUCUCCCUAGACCACAUCAAGGACUGCAGAUGCCAUGUUCCCCAUACGUUGCUGGAGAAUCCGUCGCCGGGGGUGAUGGGGAUGAUGGGGGUGAUGGGGGUGAUGGGGGUGAUGGGGGUGAUGGGGGUGAUGGGAACGACGACGACGGAGGGUCGGCGCGGGAGUCCGGCUUCAAUGCAGGCAGCACGGGAGGAAACUGCAAGAGGAAGAAUAUGCGCCAACAAACAUUCGAGGCCAUUGCUGAAGUCAUGGGCAAGCACGGCGCAUUGAUGGCUGACACAGUUGAGGGGGCCAGCAAGCGACAGUGUUCCAUUCUGGAGCGGCAGUGCGACAUUCUCGAGCGUGAGGUUGAAGCCCAGCGGCGGCACUACGAGGCGUCCGACGAGGCUAACAGGUACCGAAUGUGGCAAGCGCGGCUCUCCACGGCGUCGCCAGCACUGGGGGGAAAGGCGAGAAGAGGGUACCCUCGAGGAGGCAAGAAGGAAAGAGCAGACGACGGACCGUACUCCGAUAGCCGCUGCCGACGACGACGAGCCACUCGCGAAGCGGAAGAAAAGAUCACGGCAGGAGGACGACUUGGACGCAAAGUCCAAGCUGUGGACGGGCGGAAAGACAUUCUGGGGUCCCCUUCCAGAGCCGAUGCUUUCGCCCGCGCGGAGUCGUAUGUGUUAGUGGACUACCCGACAGAUCUGGCGAUAGUAGUCUGGCAGUCCCUGGAGUGGUCGAUGGUGGUUACUCCCAGCGUUGUUUAUCACACUCUCGCCCUGAGGAUGGACAUUCCGUUUUGGUAUGUAGGGGCGUACAUCCAUAAUAGGUCGGAGGACGAUGCCAUGGCUGCCCUUCAGGAGUCCACGGACUUGCAUUUGGCAUCUUGCUUCCAAGAUGUGCUCUGCGGCGGCCAGUGGUCCAAGAACAGGAAGAUGUCCCAGUCCAGGCUGAAUAGAAUCGGGAACGCCUUCCGCCUUCUUCUCGCCGCCAACAUGUGGAUCAUGCGCAUGGGUGGCGACGACGCCCGUUCUCACUACGAGGCCUCGUACUACUCGCAGCUCGUCAUGAAGCCUACACUGCUGGCAGCAGGGUCGCAAGCAUUUAACUGGCGCAGGCAUAUCGUGGAGUAUGCGAAUGCGGUAUUGUAUCGCCUUGGAAACCCGCCCGUGACAUUGGGUAUAUUUCCCAACUACAUCCCAGAAAUGGCGGCUUGCGGAAUCAGGUUCAACUACAAUGCCUGGUUGGCGGAACCUGACAUGGCGGCAAGGAUGGAUUGGUUGGGGACAGGACCUCUCGCCGACGAAACGAAGGAUGGUGGAGACGAUGACGAUGGAGCCUCAUGGAGGGUCGUGAGAAUCGUCGUAGUGCCACCUCCUCGCCUUGUCCGCAUGCGGAGCGGAAGGUCCCCCAGUUGAUGGCGCCGCAUCCGCCGUCCUUUGUCCUUCGUCCGCAGAGAGAGAGAGAGAGAGAGAGAGAGAGAGAGAGAGAGAGAGA